GUUGGUGGGUUGCUACCGGCCUGUUACCAACCUACCGUUCCGCCUGGACCUGCAGAGAUCGCGAGAGGGAAAGUUCGGGGUCCGAGUGUCCGACGAAUCCUCCUCCAUCCAAAUCUCUUCUCGUCUUCCUCGUUCUUCAAUUCGAGAGGUAUCUGGAGUUUUCUUUUCUCAAGAUCACGUUUAUCGCUGAAAGCUCAAGAAGUCGGGAUGUUGUCUGGCCAUGCUAUUGGUUUUCAUGGAAGAAGUGAAUCUGAUGAACUUUUAUUGGAAGAUCCUGUAUCCGAGGUCGGUGAUGAAGAAGAAACAUCUGGAAAGGUGAUAUAUGCAGCCUCCUUUGAGGAGCUUUCUAGAAACCACGUGCAGUAUGAUACAGUUGUAUGGGUCCUAAUAUCGCUGUUGCUUGUUUUGGCCUGUGGAGUUGGUAUUGUUAUGCUCUUGUACCUUCCUGUCAGAAGAUAUGUGCUCCAGAAGGAUAUUGCUUCACGUAGACUUUAUAUCACAUCGGAUGAAAUAGUCUACAAGGUCACCAGACCAUCUAUUUUGCCCUUAUUAGGGUUGAUCAAGGUUGAGCAACGCAUUCCUCUUCAUGUAGUUAUUGGCAUUGUUAUUGAGCAAGGAUAUGUGAAGAUUGGAGAACAACUAGUGGGCAUCUUCACAAAAGAUUUAAAUGAGGUUUGGGUUGAUCAUCUUUGUAACAAGUUGGGUUGCUUGCAAUCUAUUUAUGGAGUACAUACUUUUAGGAUUGAAUGUAUAACUCAUGGAAAAGCUGCACCUGUGGGUGAACUGCAGUUUCAAGGUGUUUCCAACCCAAGACUACUAAGAAAGGUUAUUAUUCUAGAAGCAACAAAGAGGAUUCAGGAAGUUGGUAAUUGGAAGCUUACAUCAUUUUCUGGGGAUGUACUGUCAACACCGACUAUGAGAUCGACUGAUGUUUCAAAUUCAAACAGAUGGAAAUCUCCAAGCAUGAAGGUCAAGGCUUCACCAAGACAUGCAUUUUCUGAGGCUAGGGGUGUUGUGUCCGGUGAUCUGUUGCUGCAUAAAAUUGAAGAAGUCAAGGAAUCUGUGCAAAAACUGGGAUCUAUGCUUGUGCAAUCCAAUGCUUAAGGUAGCUGAGAAUUUAUCUUCUAGUACCUACAUGAGAAGUUGUCUUUCAAUGCCUACAUUGUAGAUGUCUCAGAUCCAUAUUAAUUGUAUUUUUUGAAACAUCUUUUGACAUGAACAUUAAAUUUACACGCAGUGUCAACUUGCCAAAUUUCUGUUUCGCACUUGGAUUCUAAGAUAAAAAUUUGAUUCUGAAAA